CUGAUACCUUUGGACAGAAAUGAUGGCGCAAGAGCCUUUAUUCUAAUAUAUGAUGAUUAUAAAUAGUAACUGCUAAGAGCUUUAAAUAUAAUUCCCCUUCAUAUUCUUCUUUUAUAAUUCUAUUAUCACAUUAUAAUCUUCACAGACCUUCUUCUUAUCUCAUAUAUUACUUUAAUUGAUGUUUUACAUAAGAAUGAAAUCCAGACUGUAUUUGCAUGGCACUGCUAUAUUUAGAAUGCAGCUAUGAAAUGCCUGCUGUUUAACAUAUCUCACUGAGAUAUGGUAUUAUGAUAAUUACGCAGCUAUUAUACACUACAUAUAUAUACAUACAUAUAUAUGUAUGUCUGGAGCAUGUGAGUGACUAUAGGCAUGUGCAUGUUGGCCACCCCCCUCCACGCACACACGCGUGCACACACACUACACACACACACACACGCACACACAUACCUUGCCAUCUGUUGACAUAUGCAGCUGUUCAAAAAUAGCCCUCUACCAGAAGCUUCCCUGAGUGGCCCACAGAUAGGCAGAGCAGAGAUCUUGUCUGCACAAGUUGUUGUGUUUCUGCUAUGACCACAUGUCACCCAAGACUGUUUGCCUGAAAAGGAUUACAAAAUGUAUAUCUGUUCGUUGUGAUUUUGGCAGCAGGGAAUUUCUUUUUGCUGGUAAUUUCUGUUCCCUGAGCCAGAAGUGAAAGCUUGAGUUUGUGCAAACAGAAGUGAAAAUGGAACCCUUUCCUGACCAGUUCAUGGAAUUCCAUCCCAUCCAUGGUACCAACGUCAGACUGGACCACUCUGGAACGCAGGCCACCAGAGUGGAGAGCUUUGCAAAUGGAGUGUGUUUCAGCAAACAACCUCUGAAGCCCGGUGAGAUAUUUCUCAUAGAGAUUGAGGAUAAGGAGCUGGGCUGGUGUGGCCACCUCCGGGUCGGCCUGACUGCCAGGGACCCCAGGGGCUUAGAGGUGGUACCUGAAUACUCCAUCCCGGACCUGACAGAGUUAGGAGACAGUUGGGUAUUUGCCAUCACUCGGAACCACAACAAGAUCAUAGAGGAUGCUGAAGCAGAGGGUGUGAAUGAGGGACCAGAACCUGCAUGGACAGACCAGUGUUGAAACUCAAAUCAGCGCAGCGUGUUUUGAAAGUGAUGGGAUCAAAUCAACAAGUCAAGGUUCAUCUGUUGACCUUGGGAGAAAAAUUGUGAAGAGGAAUUAAAAUGAAAUUAUGCUGGUCUGGCUACACAUAAUCAAAUAAAACUAAGACUCUAUGGUGA